CAAUUCCUUGGAGGAAAUCAUUUACGAUUCCAGGCCGUCCUCGACUAAGAUAAAUGACCGACAUUUGGGAAGCGUUGAAAGAUGAGAUACAAAAGGGGACUCCGAUCUUGGCUACUGAACACACAGACCACUUUGGAUGCCUUUUGGAGAGGAUUAAUUUUUAAUGCACUGCUUAAUUUUUUAAGAAAUCGUUUGCGGCCUGCUUCUUAGGCUCUCUAGAGGUCCCAGGAAACCCAAAAAGAAACCAGCGAGGCCUAGUAAAAUCUCCUUAUGGCUGAACUCCUUAAUAAAUUAGCACUCUGCCCAGUCUUUCAUAAUGAAAUGCAUUUUCUUUUCUUUCCCUUUUUAAUCCAUUCGUUAGGUUGAAAACAUUAGACAGUUUAUGUCUGCUGGGGGAAAAAAACCUUCUCUCGAAACUGAAACAAACCAGAGAGACUAUCAUCCUCUGCAGUUAAUGCUCAGGAAAUAUCUUAACUGCCUACUUCUAGAAACCAAUGGUUAUGCCUAAUUCGUGGAAGAUUUAGGAGAGGAUCACAAGAUGCUGUUUUAUAGGAUCCAUAGAAGCUUGAAUUGAAGGAGAAGUAGGACAGGAGUUGAAAUAUGAGAUCUGAUUUUAUUUUAUUUUAUUAUUUUGGGUUUUGUUGCACAAAUGUAGGGACGUCUGGAAGGAAAAAGUUGUCCUGUAUCCCAAUGUAGGGCCAUUCCCAAUGGUCAAACCAGCCAAUGUUGGAUUACAAUACUUUAAAAAAAUGCUUGCAAAGAAGCAGAAGAGAAAACAGAGCAUUGGAGAUAACAAUUUGAAAUGGAAAGCAGAAUGGCUGAACAGAGUGAAAUAGGAUUUUCACCACAUAGGCCUCAUAUGUUUAUACUGAUAGAGACACACAGAGAGCAAGAGGACAUAGAUAAACAUAAGCACACAUCAUGCAUCAAUGGAUUGAUUUUCUUCUCAGUUGAUAUAAUCAUAACCUUCUUCCAUUCUUACAACCGUGGAGAAAGUAAACCUGCUUUUUGGAAGGGGAAAGCAGUGUAUUCUCUCUCUCUCUCUCUUUCUUUCUUUCCUUCCUUCCUUCUUUUUUUCUUCUUUGCCUCUGGGGAAAGCAUUUCCCCCCUCCUUGAAGGGAAAAGAUGGGACACCAAACAUAAAAGUUUCAAGAGGGGAGGAAUGAAGGCAACCAAAUGGUUCAGUGACAAAAUAGGGUUCUGUUCAAAAGAAAAGAUGAGAAGGAGUAGCAUGAAAGAGACAAGACUCACACCUUGGAGUGGCAACUGACAGCAAGGGAAAGGGGUUUCCCUAGUAGGUUUUAGCAACUACAACUAGAGCUGCAAAGGACAGCCUCCCCCCCCACCCCCCCCCCAAAAAAAAACAACAUCAAAAGGGCCAGUCCUUCAAAACUGAUCAUAUUUCCCAGCCUCUUCUGGUUGCAGCAGACUGGGAGAACUAUGCAAAUGUAGCAAAACUUCAAGAACAGAAUUAAUCCUUAUAUUUUUUUUAAAAAAAUUGAUGUGUUAUACUUCCAUUUAAACUUUGAAAUAUUUAUUUUUUAUUUUUAAGCUAACUGUUCAAAUAUGAUCUUCCUUGAUCUAUACUUGUAUUGCUGUUGUUUUUUUUUCCUGGGGCUCCUAACUCCUUUGGGGCAGGGGAAAUCAGAUUAAGCGAAUAUUAAAUUCUAAUGCUGUAACAUGAAUUUAGGUUAGAACAACUCAACGUGAUGUGUGUGUGUGAAGAAGAGAUAUGAAGAUGGUAUUAUUGCUGGUACAGAAGGAAAGGCCUAGCAAAUGAUUUUAUAUCACGGAUCUCCACUUUGUUUACCUUGUUACCAAGUCCCAUAGAUUCCGGUUAAAUGUUUACUUAUCAUAUGGCGUUUCUUCCCAACUAAAUCUCUGUAAAUAGAAGAUGAAGGGGUUGAACGUCCCAUGGAAAGCAAAGGAUUAGAUUGAAUUUUUAUCAUUUCUUAAUGGGCGCAUAAGGAAAAUAUGUUGUCUGAGUGUCAGUGAGUAGUAUCUAUGCUGUGUAUGUGAGUAGGUCGGGUAGAUACCAACACACAGACAACUCUUGGGAGGGUCAGGCUGAGCGGUCUACAGGAAAUCCUGCCUAGGCCUAGGUUUAUAUCCCUAUCUGUUGGACCAAUUGCUAGAUAAUGGUCCUUAAAUAGGAAUUAUAACAAGAACAAUGGGGCAAUGCUAUUGGGAAAUUGAUUUUUGCAAACUAAAGCAUAGUAAGCAGAUCAUACACACACACACACACACACACAACAGACACAGGGACUCAUUUUGAUAUUGAUAUAUUUGAUGAAGUUGCUCCCUUGGUCAGAGGGAGCAGAGGGAGGCCCAAGAACACCAGGCAGGCAGAGAUCUGUUAGGAAGCCAGCCAGCCAGCCAGCAGCAUAUGCUAUCCGUUCCCCAUCCUCCUCCUCCUCAGUAGCCAGCUAUUCAUGUCACAAGGCCUUUCAAUGGCCAAGAUGGAUUCAUAGGCCUUUCCGUAUUAUUGUGUGUGCCUUCUAACCUUUCAGGUCAGCUUCCAAAAGACACCGGGGAAGGCCUCCUCACCACGUGACCUUCGGGGUGCCAAUGUCCUUCCAUGAGGGGGUCAACCAGAGCCUGGUAGCAGUGAGCAAGAAUCUCGGGGAGCCCCAGCCAUGCAGAAAACAACCUACUAUGACACCUCCACCCUCUUUGGAGGCUACUCCUACCAAGGGGCCAACGGCUUUGGGUACGAGGGACCCCCACCUCAGCCUUUCCAGCCUGCAGCUCAUGUGGAGAACGACUACCAGAGGCCAGCCUGCACCCUCCAGUCUCUUGGCAACACUGCCCCCCUGGCCAAAACGAAAGACCUGAAUGGGAGCUGCAUGCGGCCUAGUCUGCCUCAGGAGCAUCACCCACCCCCACCCAUCUCGCCACCCUCCAAUCCCAUCACCACCACCUCCUCAACCAACAGCAGCAGCAACAGCAAUGGUGGCAGUAGCAGCAAUAACCAUAACCAGCCUGCUGGGGUCAAAAAUGCCUCCAACAAAUCCAGCCUGGGUUCAAGUAACAGCGCCCUCACCAAGCAAAUUUUCCCCUGGAUGAAAGAGUCGAGGCAAAACUCCAAGCAGAAAAACAGCUCCCCCAGCUCAGAAAGCUGCAGCGGCGAGAAAAGCCCUCCGGGGUCCUCUUCCUCUUCCUCCUCUUCCUCGGCUUCCAAGAGGGCCCGCACCGCUUACACCAGCGCCCAGUUGGUCGAGCUGGAGAAGGAGUUCCACUUCAACCGGUACCUUUGCCGGCCCCGUCGGGUGGAGAUGGCCAACCUCUUGAACCUCAGCGAGCGGCAGAUCAAGAUCUGGUUCCAGAACCGGAGGAUGAAGUACAAGAAGGACCAGAAAUCCAAAGGCUUGGGCUCUUCCUCAGGGGGCCCUUCCCCGACUGGCAGCCCACCCCAAGCCAUGCAGUCCAGCGCAGGCUUCCUCAACGCCUUGCACCCCAUGACUUCGAACUAUGAGGCCCCCUCUCCGCCUUCCUUCAACAAACCCCACCAGAAUGCCUACGCCAUGCCCACGGCCUACCAAAACCCCAUCAAGGGCUGCCCGGGCCAGCAGAAGUAUGCCAACACGGCCCCUGAAUACGACCCCCACAUCUUACAGGGUAAUGGAGGAGGAGGGGGCGGUGGGGGAGGAGGAGGAGGAGGGGGCGGCAUGGCCCCCCCCAAUAUGCAGGGCAGCCCCGUCUACGUGGGCGGCAACUACGUGGAUUCUCUGCCCAACUCGGCCCCCUCGCUUUAUGGGCUGAACCCCCUCCAGCACCACCAGCCCCCCAACAUGGAGUACAACGGGGGCCCUCCGAUGGGCCCCAACCAGCACCAUGGACCUUGCGAGUCCCACCCGACCUACACAGACCUUUCCACCCACCACGCUUCUACUCAGGGUAGAAUCCAAGAGGCACCCAAGUUGACCCACCUGUGAUGAGGGGCAGGAGAGACU